AUGCCGGAAGUGAAGAACUACAAGGUCACUGAACCCUAUCUCGACCUCAAAUGCGGCCUAGGUGAAGCACCCUUCUGGGAGAAAGACCGCAACACUCUUCGCUUCGUCGACAUCGUGAAGAAGAAACUGCACUUUGUCGAUCUAGCUAAAGGUCCCUCGUCACACAAACAAUGGGACCUGGACUUCAGUAUCGGUACGACUGCUGAUAUCGAAGGUAAUGACAAGGAGUUCAUAUUCGGUGGCAAAAAUGGAUAUGGGAUCAUGAAUCGGGAGACUGGGGAGAGUAGGCAGAUAGUGCCUAUGUGGAAUGAUGAAGAGAGGAAGGAAGAUGGUGGUGGAAAGCCUGGGGUCGGUGCUACGAGGGAGGUGAGGAUGAGGAGUAAUGAUGGGGCCGUUGAUAAGGAGGGGCGGUAUUGGGUGGGCGCUAUGAACGAUCCAUCUGUUUGCAAGAUUACUGAUGAAGGCAUCCUCUUCCGCCUCAACCCCGACCUCACUCUCACUCGAGCCAAGGAGCAAAUCUCCAUCCCGAACGGAACUUCGUGGACCUUGGACAACAAAUUCAUGUACUUUACCGACUCUCCCUCUGGCCAAAUAACAAAAUACCCCUACGACAUCUCAACCGGGAAGGCAGACUGGUCAGCCGGGAAACCCUUCUUCACCUGCCCUUUUGAAGGCGGUGUCCCUGACGGCCACGCUCAAGACGAAGAAGGUUUCUUCUGGGUCGCCAUCUUUGGCGCCGGCAGAGUCGUGCGUGUGAAUCUGCAGGGAGAGAUCGUGGCUGAGAUCGAGCUGCCAACUAGAUGUAUUACUUGUCCUGGCUUCUGCGGGACUAAGCUAUAUAUCACUAGUGCCGAGGAGGAGGAUCCGGAGAAGUAUGAAUGGAGUAAGAAGUUUGGUGGGGCGGUAUUUGAGGUUGAUGUUGGGGUAAGGGGUGCGCCGUUGAAUAAGUUCAAAAUGGGUAAGAAGGCUUGA